GGUGGAGAAUGGGAACAGCUUCGCUCCGGCCGAGAACGGAGCCCCUCGCGUCUCUCCUUCUCGCGUGUCUGAAAUAACCCGUGAGGCGGUUGCAGGGCCGGGCGGCUGGGCCGCUCGCAGACUGGCGGCCUGCCCCGCUCCCGCCUGCCCCCCAGACCUCCAAGCUUGUGCGCGAGGACGCUCCCCGGGUCCUUACAGCGGCGGGACAGCCCGGGCCGCCCCCCGCGGGGCGUCCAACAGCGGGGCCUGAGCUUCGGCCCGAGGUUCCUAAAGCCUUGAACAGUCUCGUGGCAGCCGAGUGAGGGCGCUGGGCUGGGCCCGGCCUGUCUUUCCUACCGCCAGCGCGGCCCCACGGACUCCUGCGGAGCGGGUCCUGGUGCCCACCGAGUGAGGGGGAGCAGAAUCGGACCUGCCAGCUCUACCAGCAGAUACCUGUGGAAAGUCCCGGCGAAGGUGUCGGAUCCUCAUCCUAGAAAACAGUCUACUCCUGCCCCGGGUUUCUCCGUGGCUUUUCAAAUAAUUAACCUAUAGAGACUGCUCGGAUAAGAGCCUGAAGUUGCUGAUAUCCAAAGAGGAGGUCUCAAAUAUCCCACCGGAGAUAACAGCACCAGCGACUCUGCUGGUAAAAAACAAAACAAAAUCCAAACCCUCACAUUUUACUGCAAAAAUACUUUGAAUGCUGUGGAAAAGGACUGACUUAAGCCACCUGGUUGCCACAAUAAAGCUCCAAGAUUAAUCCUUUGCAAAAGGGGACUUGAAAUAAAAAGCAUAGUACCUUCCUGCCUAAGCAGUGCAUUUAGGAGAUCAAGCUAAAAUAUCUCUCAGUUGCUAGUCUCAGUAGAGACAUGUUUGAUGAUGUCCCUAGGUAGAUCUCUAGGUACCUCAGCACUGCUGCUUGGAGAGCACUGGGUCACUUUUUGGAGAGAUGAUCUCUGCUGCCAGCCUGUAAAUAGAUACAUGCAACACAGCAGUAGGGUCCAGUUUUUCUGUGUUUCUGAAGUGAAUCACCAGUGGUCAGCAGGGUCUGCUCAUUGAAUUGUAGUUAACAAAGUUCAAGUCCACUAAGAAUAAACAAUUAUAUCACUGCAUAGAACACAAAGCUUAUCUUGUCUUGGCAGGCUUGAAAAUCCUCAACUAUUAUCUGAAAUCCGAGAGCGCGGGGGGCAGUGUCCCACACAUGCUGUACUGUCAUCCUUGUAUCAAAGGACUGUUGCCACUGGCACGUGCUUGACUGUGGCACACAAGACAAAAGGAAUCUUGUUGAGCCCUUUGCAAAGACUGUCUGACCAGAUAAAAUGUGCCUUGUUCUCAAUCCAUUGCUUCCUAAGAGUGGACCCUGACUCGGUUUCCAAGUACAGUACUUUUGAUGCCUGUUCUCAAGCACGAGUGGCCUUCAGUUUUCUUCUCGCGCCCUUAGGGAGGCUCUUGAAGCCACAAGUGCAGUUCAUGCAAUGCGACAGCCUUACACCCAUUUUACAGACGAAAUGCAGGUUCCGGGACUUGCUAAGUCAGGACUUGGACCUGCGCUCCGGCUUCUCCCUCCUCGCCCACGGUGCAGACUACCAAAAGAGCGGACCCAGCUGAGUUACGGAACAUCUUCUUGCAGAAAUGUUAUACUGCAGAUUAUAAAAUUAUACCAGUGUUGAAAAGGAUGGAGAGCGUUACAUGACACCAGGAGAUUUUGUGCAAAGAUACCUUGGACUGUAUACAGAACCAAACUAUAAUCCUAAAACAAUUCAAUUAUUGGCAGGAGUGGCAGAUCAAACAAAGGAUGGGUUGAUCUCCUAUCAAGAAUUUUUGGCAUUUGAGUCAGUUUUGUGUACUCCAGAUGCAAUGUUCAUUGUUGCUUUUCAGUUAUUUGACAAGAGUGGCAAUGGAGAAGUGACAUUUGAAAAUAUCAAAGAAAUUUUUGGACAAACCGUUGUUCAUCAUCAUAUCCCCUUCAAUUGGGACUGUGAGUUCAUUCGACUGCACUUUGGACACAACAGGAAGAAGCAUCUUAACUACUCAGAGUUCACUCAGUUUCUGCAGGAGCUACAGUUAGAACAUGCAAGACAAGCCUUUGCCAUAAAAGACAAAAAUAAAAGUGGAACGAUCACUGGAUUGGACUUCAGUGAUAUCAUGGUUACCAUUCGUUCACACAUGCUCACUCCAUUUGUGGAAGAAAACUUAGUGUCAGUAGCAGGUGGAAGUAUUUCACACCAGGUCAGCUUCUCCUAUUUCAAUGCUUUUAAUGCCCUGCUGAAUAACAUGGAUCUUGUUAGAAAAAUAUACAGUAUUAUAGCAGGUACAAGGAAAGAUACUGAAAUCACAAAAGAGGAAUUUACCCAGUCUGCAAUCAAAUUUGGACAGGUUACGCCAUUGGAAAUUGAUAUCCUCUACCAGCUUUCGGAUUUAUACAGUGCUACAGGGCGUUUGACUUUGGCAGAUAUUGACAGAAUAGCACCUUUGGCGGAAGGUGCCUUGCCUUACAACAUAGCAGAACUUCAGAGGCAGCAAUCUUAUGGAGGAAUGGGCAGGUCUAUCUGGCUCCAGAUAGCUGAGUCUGCUUACAGGUUCACUUUGGGCUCAAUUGCUGGAGCUGUGGGAGCCACUGCUGUGUACCCUAUAGACCUCGUGAAGACACGUAUGCAGAAUCAGCGCACCUCUGGUUCAGUCGUGGGAGAGCUGAUGUACAAAAACAGCUUUGAUUGUUUUAAAAAAGUUUUACGUUAUGAAGGCUUUUUUGGUCUUUAUAGAGGGUUGUUACCACAGCUUAUAGGUGUUGCUCCAGAAAAGGCUAUUAAGCUCACAGUUAAUGAUUUUGUCAGAGACAAAUUCACUCAGAGAGAUGGCUCCAUUGCAUUAUUGCCAGAGAUCCUUGCUGGGAGUUGUGCAGGGGCAUCACAGGUCAUCUUCACUAAUCCACUGGAGAUUGUGAAGAUUCGGUUGCAGGUAGCAGGGGAGAUCACUACAGGGCCCAGAGUCAGUGCCCUUACUGUUCUAAAGGACUUGGGGAUUUUUGGUCUUUAUAAGGGUGCCAAAGCAUGUUUCCUCAGAGACAUUCCCUUUUCUGGAAUCUACUUUCCUGUUUAUGCUCAUAGUAAACUUAUGCUGGCUGAUGAAAAUGGCCAUGUGAGUGGGUUGAAUCUCCUGGCAGCUGGUGCCAUUGCAGGUGUUCCUGCUGCUUCCUUGGUAACCCCUGCUGAUGUCAUCAAGACAAGACUGCAAGUGGCAGCACGAGCUGGUCAGACAACAUACAGUGGAGUUUUUGACUGUUUUGGGAAGAUACUUAGAGAAGAAGGCCCUUCGGCUUUGUGGAAGGGAGCUGGAGCUCGUGUAUUCAGAUCUUCACCUCAGUUUGGUGUUACUUUAGUCACUUAUGAACUUCUGCAGCGAUGGUUCUAUGUCGAUUUUGGAGGACUCAAGCCUUCUGGAUUAGAACCUACACCAAAAUCUCGAAUCUCAGACCUUCCUCCUGCUAAUCCUGACCACAUAGGUGGAUACAGACUUGCUACAGCUACAUUUGCUGGCAUAGAAAACAAGUUUGGCCUGUACCUUCCAAAAUUUAAAUCCUCUGGUGUUGCUUCAAUUCAACUUAAAUUAGCAGCUGAAUCCUGAGAUGACUUUCUGCCUAGUGAAGUGGUGCAAUGUGGAAAAAAUAUUCAAGAACAGUACUAUAGCUAUUCAUUCAGCUGCAUGUUGCUCUAGCUGACCUGAGAAUUCAAUUCAAAUGACUCCUUUAUGAUAUACAACAUACGUUUAUUUGUUUAUAAACUAGUCACUUGUACACAAGAAACAGAUUGAAGCUUUAGUUCUAUGCAUUGACUUUUUUUCUAACUGGUGGCAUGAAUUAGUAACCUAGACUUGGCUUUGCACAGCUUGCAGUUAAUGUUACUGUACAUAUUGUACAUCUUUGUACAGAGACAUCAUGGCAUCUCUACACAAUUACAUUUAUAUAAUAGGAAUUGCAGUUCUAAAUAGUUUGAAAUGUACAGAAUGUUUUGAAGGUGUUUUAUUAAGAAUCAUGUGACAAUAAAAUGUAUUUAAAAACUA